AUGGCCACGGAGUUCUUCCAGCUCUGCGACGUUGUACAGAUUUGUCAGACUUGCUGUGGCCCUUGUGGCCGAAAGCACAAGAUCUUGGCCAAUUGGUUUGAUGUUGGGCAAUGGACCUACGGCUUCAUUUCGGUGGCCUCCGCCGCCACCGCUUUGGGCGGUUUGACGCAUUUUGACCCAGUGGAUUCUCUGGCUCGUUUAGGGAAGCGAGACACGCCCAAGAUGAACGCAGACCAGUACCAGGCCUUCCAGAAUAGUCCCUUCAUGCAGGGUGUGCGGAAGACCGAGGCCGAAUUGGAUUUGUGCUGGACCUUCACCUGCGAUCGAGACGAGCGGCGAAAAAAGACCGACCCCUCCUUCAAGCCGACGGAUGAUGAUUUUGGAGCUCCGAAAGCGCAUGAGUUUGAUCGAUGCAUCAACUACUACAAGGCGACGGAUCCGACGGUUCCGACGGUACUUGGGAUCGAUGAAUACGCCACUCAGGAGGAGGUAAAGAAAGCCUACAAGAAGCUGUCCUUGGUCUAUCACCCAGACAAGACGGCGGGUAUGGGCGCGGAGCAAAAGGAAGAGUAUGCUGCUAUUUUCAUUGAGCUGAAGAACGCGUACCUCACCCUGAGCGACAACCCGACGCGGCGGCAGUACGAUCGCGAGAAGGACAGGGACAAGGCAUCUUUUGAGAUCAAUGGCUUUAAGCCCAAGACCCGGGCGCACUUCGAUGCAUCGGAAGUCUUGAAGAAGCUGCAGGAGAUGCAGAAACCGCCGGGGAAGCACCUGGACAUUGCCAUGUCGGUGAAGUUGGAGAAGUUCUUCUAUGGAGGACAUAAAGGCAUCCGCCGUGAACGUCGAGUGAAGGAUUUUGGUGGCUUCAAUCAAGAGACGCGCAUCUAUCGGGUGGAUAUCCCAAGAGGGGCUGUCGAACCUCAUGAAGUGACCUUCCGACAAGGGGGCGAUCACCACGAGGACACUCGACCGGACACCCUUUGCUUCAAGAUGACGAGCGGACCUCAGUGCAUGCUGCGUGUUGCGUUUCUUGUCCUCAACUCCGGUGCUCUCGCGUUGAAAUCGCAUCACAGGUCAACGAUGAUCACAAGUUUGAACAAGAGCAAAUCAAUGAAAAUCCUUUGUUACGAGGGAGAGUAG